CACGAGUUUAGGUGCGUAGCUUUUCUGUGAGAAAUAUUCAUUCUGUGUUUAGCGUUACUAGCUUAUGCACGCAUUGCUCGCUCUUUGCUGAGUUUGUUGCAAACGAGUAAAAUAAAUCUAAAGGCGUCGUAAACUCAAGUUUAUUUAAUAAUUUAAAAUCUUUAGUUCUGUGAGUUUUGUGUUUUGUAUCUUGCAAACAUGUAUUCUCGGAUAACUAGAAGAAAGCAACUAAUGAGGCUUACUACAUGGAAAGAUGAUGAGGUUCUACCUAAGGAGAAUCAAAGCAUUGUGAAAGUGUUGAAGAACAGAGGAAGAAAUUUACAUGCGGUAAUAACUCCAACUGGUGAAGAAUACUUAGUAUCCAUGCCAACUAAAUUGAGAAGAACCACAUGGGUGAGAAGAGGAUCAUAUAUCGUUGUUGAACCGAUACCUAAUGGAAACAAAGUAAAAGCUGAAAUAGUGAAAAUAAUGAACAAAAUCUCUAUACAAUGUUAUAAAGAAAAUAAUGUGUGGCCAAAAGAAUUCGACGAGGAAGGGAAGACAAAUGCUUAUGAGGAUGACAGUAAUUUCUUAUUUGCGAACAGCAAUAAAGAGCUGGACCAUCUUGUUAACAAUGAUUCGGAGGACGAAAAACUUUCGACACAGGAGUUCGAAGAGAAAGAGAACACAAAUGAUGAUGAGGAGGAGUUAUUUGUGCCCUGUGGUAAUAGAACGCUGAUAUCCGAUAGUUCCAGUGAUUCGGGUGACAGUGAUACGGACACAUACAAGGCCAGGGCUGAGAACUCGGACAGUGGGGGUGAAUAUUGAAAACAUUUGGAGCAAUUCUUUUACUCACCUUUAAUUGCAGGCGACUCCAUCCAUAGUCGCCAUUGUACUAAUUUAGUAUAGAACAUUCCUUUGGAAAGACGAGGGCAAACAUUCUGAAAGUCAGUUGAAUAUUCUUAUGUGAUCCUAGUGACUGGGCGUGCUCAAUAUUCAACUCAUUUCAGAGUGUUUGCUCCUUAUACUGUUGGCUUACCAUAGAUAUAGUCAUGUAUUAAAAUUUUAAAGUGAUCUAAUACCUAAUAAAUAAGAAAUUAUUGUCUGUAAGUAAGAAUUUUUAUUUUAAAUACAUUUCUCAGAAUAUUGUAAAACAACACAAGCUUAUAAAAUCAGUUUUAUCUUGAUACCUUAAGACUUAAUAAUUAUUUUGAAUUUGUUAAGGAACUUGCGACUUGUUGGAGAUCAUAAUUAUGGUCAAAACAUUUGUAAUAGUAGAUAUUAAUAAAUAGUUACUGUGGAAUGUUUCCUUUAAUUUUAUUGCC